AUGGACUUGCGGUGCGCCAGUCGCAAUUUAAUGCAUCUAUGGAAUGAAGAGCGCGAUCGGAUUUUUCUCGCCUCCGACGGGGCUCCUCGAGCGGACGGCAUUAUGUGUUUAUGCCUGCGGAAGCCGGUUUCGACUCUAUCGAUCCCCGGAGCGAUGAGAAGCAAGGAUGGUAAAGGCGAUGGAGCCCUGGACGACCCGGCGCACAUCGCGCUGGUGGGGGUGCACUCCGAGUACCCAAGGUACAUGGAGGAGAAGCCAGGCACGGCGGCGACUGCCGCCAAACCGCUCAGCCGCCAGCCGCACAAGCCCAACGUCGGCUACCGCCUCGGUCGCCGGAAGGCGUUGUUUGAGAAGCGCAAGCGGAUCAGCGACUACGCGCUUGUGCUCGGCAUGUUCGGCAUCAUCGUCAUGGUCGUCGAGAAUGAGCUUUCCUCCGCCGGUGUCUACACCAAGGAGUCUUUCUAUUCGACGGCUUUGAAGACGCUAGUCACUGUGUCCACCCUGAUCCUCCUGGGACUCAUCGUCGCCUACCACGCCCUGGAAGUGCAGUUAUUCAUGAUCGACAACUGCGCCGAUGACUGGCGAAUAGCGAUGACGUGGCAGCGAGUGGCCCAGAUAUCGUUGGAACUUGUGAUAUGCGCCGUGCACCCUAUCCCGGGAGAGUAUUAUUUCAUAUGGACUACGAAACUGAACAAUAUGCAUCGGCGCAUCGAGAGCACGCGAGUGCCAGUGGAUGUGACACUGUCGCUGCCGAUGUUCCUGCGGCUCUACCUCAUCUGUCGUGUCAUGCUUCUGCAUAGUAAGCUGUUCACGGACGCGUCCAGCCGCAGUAUCGGCGCCUUGAACCGCAUCAACUUCAACACGCGGUUCGUCCUCAAAACGCUUAUGACCAUAUGUCCUGGCACAGUCCUGCUUGUCUUCAUGGUCUCGCUUUGGAUCAUUGCCAGCUGGACCAUGCGCCAGUGCGAGAGGUACCAUGAUGCCGAGCACGCAAACCUGUUGAACACUAUGUGGCUCAUUGCCAUCACGUUCCUCAGCGUCGGAUACGGUGAUAUCGUACCCAACACAUACUGUGGCCGAGGCAUUGCUGUUACAACCGGCAUGAUGGGUGCUGGAUGUACGGCGUUGCUGGUCGCAGUGGUGUCACGAAAACUGGAACUGACUCGCGCCGAGAAGCACGUGCACAAUUUCAUGAUGGACACGCAACUGACGAAGCGGCUGAAAAACGCGGCCGCCAAUGUUCUCCGGGAAACUUGGCUGAUAUACAAGUACACCAAGUUGGUCCGGAGAGUGAAUCCUGCCAGAGUGAGAACUCAUCAGAGAAAAUUCCUCGUCGCUAUUUAUAAUCUGCGGAAAGUGAAGAUGGACCAAAGGAAGCUGAUGGAUAACGCUAACACGAUCACGGACAUGGCUAAGACACAAAACACGGUGUACGAGAUAGUAUCAGAUUUAAACCAGCGACAGGAGUUACUGGAGGACCGGCUGUCCGCCCUGGAGGACAAGGUCCAGCACCUUGCUGACCAGAUGGAUGCUCUGCCUGACUCCGUAGCCCAGAAGUGCGUGAUAGCCGUGCAGCAGCAACAGCAGCAGCAGCAAGUGCUGCUACAACAAGAGCUGGCGCCACCAAGCGUGUCGCACGCGAAACUCUUGCACCCAGAAAUGGCUCGUGCGGCCGGGGCCACGGCGGCUGUCGCGCGCCCACCGCCACCCACACCACCCAGACCCGCGCCACGGUAGAUUUACGCCUGGGAAUGCCAGGAGAAGUCACUAUUUGAGAACUGAGGUCCCAGGAAAUUUCCGAAUGGACUCUUUUUUUUUAAAUCACUUGCACUGAUUGUCCAAGCGUCGCUGCUUCCACGAUUUCUUCGUCGGAUCCCUCUCUUAAACCAACAAUUUUCUUGCCCUUUUCAUCGCAUUUCAGCUCCAGCUACCCAGCGAACAAUCUUUUUCUAUCAAUUUUCUCCAUUUUCCGAGCAUUCACUUUGCUUUCUAUUUUCUAGAAUUCACCGAAAAAACAAAGCAAUAAAUAAAGAACGUCUCUAUCUCCCUGAAGAUCGUGGAGUUGGCGCAUGAAUUUCUGGGAAGCCCCUUGGCUCUCUCGGGUUUGCCAACCGUACCUGAGAAGAGAUCCCAGGUAACCCGGCUUCUUGGUGUGUGUUCGGAAGCCGCCCGCGCGGGAAUCGGCAUGCCAAAAGACAGAGGAAGAAAAAGAAAAAGAAAAGCGCGGAAAACCCUUGGGUCAAAAGGUCCCCGCGGCGAACAACGCGCGUGCUUCUCGAGUAUAGGCCGCCUCUCCCAGCCGCCUCGGUCCUGUUUUCGCGUAAUCCGUCCACUUUGAGUAGGAGAUGAGGCAGUAGAAGAUGCACGAGACGCCGAUGCGAGGCGCCGCUUCUGAAAUGAUUUAUCGAGGAUCUCAGGUGCCGUCGGGGACCGACCGGAAGGGACCGCGACACGAAGCGCUUGCAUCAGGUUUUCAAAAUUUAAUUACCUUCUUUCGGCCGGCUUGAAAAUGUACGCCGGCAUUCUUCGCCCCUCGCGGCCCGUAAUGAAGCAUUCCUUGGGCGAGAGAAAGAGAGAGAUAGAAAGAGAGAGAGAAAAAGCGGUGCCGACGCGAUCCCUUUUCGCGUGCAUUUUUCGUUUUUGUUCUGUUUUUCUUUUUUGCACGUGGUUCGACCCCGAUCUUAAGGAUGAUUGCGAGCGCAAAACGAGGACCAGUACGCUGUUCCGGUCCCAAUUAAAGCUGUGAGUCAUGGCAACUGUCCAGGAUCGAGACAGGAUACGUUUUUUUUUCGACCCUUGUUUUAAUUUCUGUGUUUGAGAUGUCCGUAGCGUUGAAGCUAUGUCAGUUGAUGGUGCUCUCCGGAAUGACUGGCGGAAUCGCCGCGUGCACCAUGUUCCCAGCUGCCGAGUCGAGGGAAAUGCCCAUCAGUUUUGGGCGCGAUAUCACCCAGUAAAUUGUGUCCUUUGCCCGCUUUUAAUCCCCUCUUCUCCAUUCCUGCUUCGGGACUGUGUGAUGCCACGCAAACAUGAAAGUACCAUUGCAAGCCUUGGAGUACUCCUCGAGUGUGCUUGAAAGUUAUGUUUUUUAAAGUUUAUUUUGUCUGGUUGCUUUCGACUCGCAGUCCAGGAGGAGGAAUAUUGCUUCCCGCGUCACGUACGACGGGGAACGCUUGUGGUAGUUCCCGGCAUGGGCCUGUGCUUGAGUUCCGCCUUUUAUUCUAUUGCCAUCCGGUCUUUUUUAUAUGAAUGAUUACGGUUAUGGGCAUUGAGGAGAAAAAAGAGAAACCAUUGCGCCACAAA